AUGUCAAUUACUGUUGAACAAUUAAAAACAAAAUUAAUUGAUAAAUUAGCCGCUACUCAUGUUGAAAUCGAAGACGUUUCGGAUGGUUGUGGUGCAAAAUUUGUAGCCAAAAUUGUAUCAUCAAAAUUUGAUGGUCUUUCUUUGUUGGAACAACAUCGACUAGUCAAUGAAGCAAUUGCAGAUGAAAUGAAUUUGAUACAUUCAUUUCGUAUGAAAACAAUGACACCGGAAAAAUUUGCCGCCGAAUCAUCAAAAUGAAAAAAAAUACACAUUAUAUUUUUUAAAACAAAAACAAAAAAAUAAAUUUUAAUUUCAAAUUCAAAA